AUGAAGAACAUCUCGGUCCUCCCUCUAUUGCUCGCCUUUGCUGUUUGCGUCUUUGCCGAUGUUCCUCCAGCCUGUCUCCUCAGCGCAGUCAACACACAAGACGAUCCUGGUGAUCUUGCAGCCGUCUGCGGCAAGGAGGCUACCGAUGUUCAGAAAGCCAUUGCCAGCAUUUGUGGUGCGAAUCAGUCCGUGGCUCAGUCUGCUUUCAUCGCUACUUGCUCGGGUGCCGGUUCUUCAGUUGCUCCUUACACCGCAACCUCGACAUCCUCGAACAGCCUUACGAGCGGUACUUCGUCCUCCAGCGGAACCAUCUACGUUACAUCCGGUACCGGCGGCGCAGCUGCUACUGCUACUGCUACGGUGACGGGCUCUGCUUCUGCGACCAGCUCAACCGGGGGCAGUUCGGCGACUGGAAAUGCAGCUGCAGAUGUCAAACAAGUGGGUAGCUUCGCUGCUGCUGCUAUCGCAAUUGCCGGGGUCGUCGCUGUUCUGUGA